GUACAAGCAGUCUGGCCUUUGCACACUACAUCGAGCCCACCAUGAGGCUGGCUGACAUCGUGGUGCCGAGAGGUGGCCAUCGACCUGAUGUGCAGCACGUUCAACAGCCAGCUGGAGGAGGAAUAAAGGAGCCAGUCGAGAUGAGUUCAUCUUCUACUCAAAGAGGUUAAUGCGGCUGUGGAGUGAGGACUAAAGUGUGGUCCAGACUCCGCAGGGCUGUGAGUACGAGGGCCGCAGCUACAAAGGAAAAGGGGUGAGUGAUGCUCCGGUUCCAGUCGAGUGUGUCCGCGGAGGUUUCCCCCCCCCCCCCCCCCUCGUCACGCUUGCUCCACGGCCUCGUCUCCGCAGAUCACCGGCGUAUCUGUGCUGCGGGCGGGGGAGACGAUGGAGCCCGCCCUGAGGGCCGUGUGCAAGGACGUCCGCAUCGGCAAGAUCCUCAUCGGCAGGAUCCUCAUCCAGACCAAGCUCGACUCAAACCAGAGCUCCAUUACCUGCGUCUGCCCAAAGACAUCAGCGAGGAUCAUGUCGUUCUAAUGGACAGCACCGUCUCCACCGGCGCUGCUGCCAUGACGGCACUGCGAGUCCUACUGGACCACGAGGUGCAGGAGGAAAAGAUUGCGUUGGUGUCGCUGUUGAUGGCAGAGCUCGGGGUGCACUCCGUGGCCUUCGCCCUCCCCAAGGUCAAAAUCAUCACCACUGCAGUGGACCAGGGUCUGGAUGACUUGUUACACCUGAUUCCUGGUAUCGGGGACUUUGGAGACCGGUACUUCGGGACGGUGAGGACUGGGGGGGGGGUCUACGAACGCCUCUUGAAAACUCCCUUUGUCGUACAUUCGCUGUUUAUAUUUAUAUUUUUACUCUUGUACAACAGCAGAUUCUUGGUCAUCUUGUAG